GGCUCCACGCUCACGCCGGCCCGCCGGCCCCAGGACGUGUUCCUCAUGAUCCGGCGCCACAAGACCACCAUCUUCACGGACGCCAAGGAGUCGAGCACUGUGUUCGAGCUAAAGCGCAUCGUCGAGGGCAUCCUCAAGCGGCCGCCGGACGAGCAGCGGCUGUACAAGGACGACCAGCUUCUGGACGACGGAAAGACAUUGGGCGAGUGUGGCUUCACCAGCCAGACAGCACGGCCUCAGGCCCCAGCCACUGUGGGGCUAGCUUUCAGGGCAGAUGAGGCCUUUGAGGCCCUGCGCAUCGAGCCCUUCUCCAGCCCACCCGAGCUGCCAGAUGUGAUAAAGCCACAGGACUCAGGAAGCAGCGCCAAUGAACAAGAUGUGCAGUGAGAG